AGACUGAAGGUUCACUCUGGUCCUGCAGCAAAGACAAUUUAGUAUACCUUAUAGGUUAUUAACAGUAUUUUAUAAUUCAUGUGAAAUUUUACUGGGAGCCAGUGCAGUGUGGAUAAGGGUAAGGGUGAUGUGGUCGUAUCUUCUGGUUCUCGGGACUCAAGCAUUUAGGACUAACUGGAGCUUGAGCAUGGCAGGCUGCAGUGACUGGGUGGAUUGUGUUCAGUUUGGGUUCUACAUUCCCAUCCUUGCCACUGGUUUUCCUUUAAACAUGGCUGCACUGUGGCAGCUGUUCUUCCAUGUCCGUCGCUGGAAUGAAUCCACUGUUUACCUCCUGAACCUCGUCAUUACCGACUGCCUGCUCCUGCUUGCACUGCCAUUUAAAAUCCUGGCUUACCACCGCUCAUGGAAUCUCGGACACAUUUCCUGCUGGCUGUUUGAGAGUUUUGUCUACGUCAACAUGUACGGCAGCAUCCUGCUGAGUGUGUGCAUCUCUGUGGAUCGCUACGUCGCGCUGCGCUUUCCCUUCCGGCGCCUGCGAUCCAAACGGAAGGCUGUGUUUGUCUGCACAGUCAUGUGGACAUUAGUGUUUGGGUUCAGCUGCCCGGUUUACUUUUUGCACAAGAAAAGCAAUAGUUCUAAUGAGUCCUUCUGUUUCCAGAACUUUGCCAAUGACACAUGGACGAAACAGUGGAUCGUAGUGUGUGUGGAGUGUGUGUUUUGGGGUAGCACUGUUGUCAUGGUGCUCUGCUCAGUGCAUGUUGUUAAAAUCCUGCAUGAUUUACGCAAACGGAACCCCAGUGAUGCUAAACUGCGAAACAACAAGAGUAUAAAGAUUGUGCUCAGCAACCUGGUGGUGUUCCUCUUGUGUUUCAUUCCGUAUCACAUUGUUGUACUUCUUUAUUUCUACUUUAAACAGAACAACGACAGUGCAGAAGUCAUCAAUAAUCUGCGUAAAUUUGUUCACGUUAGUCUGUGUGUGAGCAGCGUGAACUGCCUCGCCGAUGCAGUCUGUUAUUAUUUCAUACUAAAAGAAAAUCUGCAGCUUGCACAGCAAGAUGCCAGAGCCAACACACUCACACACACAGUGACACACACUGAGAGGUGUUGAGGAGCUCUGGAAAAAAAUGUUACAUAAAACAUGAAUCUGUGCAGAAUUACGGUGUUUAGAUAUAAACACGUGGUUUUAUUUUACUGCUACAUUUUACUUAACCAGGGGUUUUCAGUGUGGUGGUUGGUGUGGUUUUGUAGCUGGAAUGGCCGCAUACACUAAAUGGAUUUAACAAAAUUUAAAAUAUUUAAAUGUAUUACUCUUAUUCAUACUCACACAAAACCACAGUGGCAAUGUGUGGUUUAUCUCAUUCAGUCAUAACACUGAAUGUGUUUUUGAUUCAGAUUCUGUCCAGUAUGGCGGCAGGCUUUAGACAUAAUUAAAUUAGAUUUAGACAAAGCAGACACUGAAAUUGCACAGCGAUGUGUAAGAACCAGGAAAAAGAAAGAGGAGGAUUAGCGACACGAGCUGCCGAGUCGAUAAACUUUCAGUAACAAAUGUUUCACUCAGUUUAUUUCCCCUUCUUAUAGAUCAGAUACCUGAUCAGUGAGUUUGAGCCAAACUGUGUUUUAAAAAUUGUUUUCUUCUUUCUGCAUUGGGUUUGCUCCAGGUUCUCAGGUUUCCUCCCACUUCCCAAAAACGUGUGUGUGUGUGUGUGUGUGUACUUCUGAUCUCAGGAAUGAUUUUUGGAUCCACUGAAACCCCAACCAGGAUAAAGUGCUAGCUGAAAGUGAAUUAAUGAAUGUUCUUAUGAGGGCCAAAACUUUUGCCCUCAUGAGAUAGUGCGUGAACAGGAAUCUGUUCCCAGCUAUAAGUAAAUACACAGACAGACAGACAGACAGACAGACACACACACACUUCUGUUAUACAGCAGUGCAGCUGCAGCUCUUCUGUAUUUACUGAAUAAAGACGUUGGUACACCACUUCCUGUUUGAAUGAAUGUAAAAAUUAUUUCUGUGU